UUUCCUUGCAAGGGCUAUCAUAGAGAUGUGACUCAUCAUGAAGCUCAUGCCACUUGGUAUACUGGAAGUACGGUAACGUUUCACAUGCACGAGCCAGGCGCAGCUCAUUCAGGAGGCUCUUGUCAGGCAUCAUUUUCCUACGAUAAUGGGGAAACCUGUAUUGUCGUGCAAAGCUGGGAAGGAAACUGCGUGCGUGUACGAAAGGGUCAAGAAGGUAAACUUACGAAUUCCUAUGACAUUGAUCAAAGUUACUCUUUCGAUAUUCCUGAUUCCCUUCCAGGGGGAGAUGCAGUAAUCUUCGCAUGGACCUGGCUAAAUUCAUCCGGUAAUCGAGAGUUCUAUAUGUCAUGCUCGCCUAUCCGGUUG